GUGUGAGUCACCGUGCCAGGAUAUCAUCUAAAAAUGCAAUUAGAGUUCACUUUGAAGAAGGAUUAGAAAAUGAAAUAACGAGGCGCUACGACCUCAACGUUGCGGAAGGUAUCUGGUAUGAAACAAUGACACACGCCGAUUUUGUCGUCACAGUACGAAUAUUUGCACAUCGAGUCUAUACUCGUGUAUUGGUGACACAAUUUGAAUUCCAAAGCUUGGGAGAUAGAGAAGUUACUUUGACUUUGAUUAACAAUGAGGGCGCACCAACGGAAGAUAUUUCUUUCAGUGACCCAGUUGAAUACCAAUUUGAUACCAAGAUCUACAAAACGAUGAACGGGGAAACCAAACUCGCGGAGACACCAGUCAGUGAAAAGGCUACAGUGUAUGUUUAUUAUAACGAGCUGGACAAUAAAAUAACACUGGGACAAACAGACAACGGUCGUAUUCACAAUUACGUAACUUCGAUUGACCAGAAGAACGACGUGGCGAAGAAGGAAUUCGAUGACGUAAUGGGAAGUAUAAACGCCGAUGAGGGCGCUGCGUUACUACAGGCACACAUCGAUGCAUGGAGCAAUACAUGGAAUCAAGGCAAAAUUGAAGUGGAUGACCUUAACCUCGGCAAAAUCAUCUACGGAUCAUUCUACUAUAUACUGAGUUCUUUACCAGUCUUGGAUGAGCCGCCUCAACCGAGGAACCAGUUUUAUGGACUCAGUCCGGGUGGGCUCACCAGAGGAUCCUAUCUACGUGACUACCAGGGGCAUAGUUUCUGGGACACAGAAACCUGGAUGUAUCCAUGUAUUAUGAUGUUCUUCCCGACGCUGGGGAAAGACAUUCUAUCUUACAGGUGGCUCGUGAGAGAAGAGGCCAAACAGAGGGCAGCCUGUAACUGGCACAACGGAACGCGAUUCCCAUGGGAAUCCGCAUUCACGGGUGCCGAGACAACGCCAGACUGUUGCUAUGAGACGAGAGAAAACCAGCAACACGUGACCAGUGAUAUCGCCUUUGCUGCUAGACAGUACCUCUCGGCAACCCGUGAUGUUGAUUGGUUAAAUGACUGGGGUUGUGAGUUCCUGAGAGACAUUGCAAAAUACUGGCAGAGCAGAGUCACGUACAACGAAGAAAGGGAUGCGUGGGAGAUCUUAG